GCCAGCUGGCGUGACGUACAUCCGGCUGUGCGAAGCGCGCGCGUUUCGGACGGUUUCUCAGCGCGGGAGUCGGGACGAUGUGGCGUCCGGAGGGACGGGACCGGCUGCUGGCGCCCAUGGAUGAAAUCUUGCGAUGUGGCAUUUGUUUUGAUUAUUUCAACAUUGCAAUGAUGAUACCUCACUGUUCUCAUAACUAUUGUUCACUUUGUGUACGGAAAUUUUUAUCAUACAAGACCCAAUGUCCGAUAUGUUGUGUGACCGUGACCGAACCAGAGCUGCUGAACAACAGAGUACUGGAUGAAUUAGUGAAGUGUUUUCGCACAGCAAGAAAUUUGCAGUCCAAGUAUGAUUUGCAGUCCCCUCCAGUCUCACCUCGGGCAGCACAAACAGUGAAUACAUCCAAAAAGAAUCAAUCAUCUGGUUACAAAGUUCAUACCAAGAUGAAGAAGGAGAUGAAAUACAUGGACAGAUUUCUGUCUCGGAGCCAUUCCUCUAUAAGGCAAUCAGGAAUACAAUCCACAGAGGAGCAGUGUGAAGAAGAACAAAAUGACACCUGCACACAAUCAGUUACUGAGAAUUGCUUGGCAGAGCUGGCUGCAAAGGAUAAUGAUGCCGAACCCUCGACUUCUGGACCAAAGGAAAUAGUGAAAGUGGAUUGUCCUGUUUGUGCAGUUGCUAUCCCUGAAAAGAACAUUAACAGGCAUCUCGAUGGCUGCCUAAUACGAGAAGAUAAAAAGGAAAGUCUUCGAAGCUGUAUGAACAGAAGGAAACUGUUGCCAAAGCUGGUUUAUAAUUUGCUUUCUGACCGGGAUCUGAAAAAGAAGUUGAAGGACUAUGGACUUUCAACUCAAGGCAGCAAAGCACAACUGAUUAAACGACAUCAAGAAUUCAUACAAAUGUACAACUCACAGUGUGACUCCUUGAACCCCAAAUCAGCCAAGGACAUUGCCAAAGAAAUUGAAAAGAAUGAAAAGACCCGAGCUCAGCUUGAAGCCAAAGUGGUUGAAAAUGCAAUGAAAUUCACGAAGGAUCAGUCAGAAGAAGAAAUUGAUGCGCUCCACAAGGACUAUCGUAUAAAACACAAGGGGGAGUUUCAAAAGCUGAUCACUGAGGUGAAGAAACGGUGGCAGUCCAAGGUAAAGAAGUUAAAGAGUGAACAAGAUGAAGAGACUGAAGAACAGUGUUUAACCGUCACAGGAGAGGAAUUUCCAGAGUGCCAAACCAUGGACUGCAACCCAGAAGAGGCAUGCCAGAAUGAGCCACAUUUGCCAGAGAUGACAGGCUCACUUGUGACAAACGAUACUUUGAAAUGUCAGCCUUAUUCAUUUGAUGUGGUUCUACCUUCAACUUUGUCAACAUCCAGCUCUGACUCUGAUAUUUGCAGAGAUCCUGAAUAUUCCCGGGAUCCAGAAGAAUCAACAGAUAUACAAUUUUCAAAUGUGAGCACAGGGAAAAGGAAGAUGAGAGAACUGUUCGGGAAAAGAAGUUCUAAAGAUAAACGGGCAAGGAUGUGAGCACUGCAUCAAGAAAUGGAACACAAACUUUCAUUGAAUGUGCAGAAUUAGAAGAAAAGAGAAGAAAAUGGAAAGAGGGGCAGCAACAACCAAAGCCCGAUCUGUCAUCUGGAACUACCUGUCCUGAAUGCAGAAGAACUUUCAAAGCCAAGAUUGGACUCAUAAGCCACUUGAGAGCCCAUAACUAGAUCAACAGAACAAAGACCAUUAUCCUUGACCUCAAGGGAUAUAGCCAGGGCUAUAUAACUGUUGUUAAGACAGCUCUCCCAUUUUUCUACUGCACUAUUGUAAUGCUUGUUAAUAUGACGUAUGACAAUGAGUCCUGAUGAAGAGUCUCAGCCUGAAACAUUGACUAUUUAUUCCCCUCCUGUAGAUGCUACCUGAUUUGAUGAGCUGUUUGUGUGUCUUGCUCAAAAUUCCAAGGAUGUUCAGAAUCUUUUGUAAAAAUUACAUAGUUUGAGUUUGUGAAUAUAUCACUUUCUUUGUUCCUUUUUAUUAAGCUGGGAUUGGGGUGGGAGAGGAAUAGUCAGGGCAUGUUUGAAUGUGCUUACCAUCACCUUUGUGGUGUUAGGUCUCCUUAAUUUUAAAAGAUAAUGAAUCUUUUUGGUUGCUUUAUAAAGAGUAAGAUGUUUGGGAUUAUUUCAAGUUCCUGGAUGUACUGACAGUCCUGUAACAUCUAUUCUAGGACAAUCUUACUACAAGAAUUUCAAAAAUAAGUUUGUUGUAACAAAGUCUAUUUAUCUAUCAGUCUCUAUAAGCAGCAGCAAACACAACCCAUAAAAUAGAGGGUCCCUUUUUAAAAGGUGACGUGGAUGAUGGGAAUUUACCCAGUUAUCUCCAAUAAAACUGAGACUUAUGGU